AUGGAGCUCAGCACAGCUCUUCUUCUGGGAUUCGUCCUCCUAGCUUAUUUAUGGUGGAAGACGUCUCGCCCUAAGGGUUUCCCUCCUGGACCUGUCUCCUUGCCUGUGUUCGGCAACAUGCUGCAGAUAGAUUUUACAAAUCCAUUGCCGGCACUGAAGAAAUUUUCAGAGGUACAUGGUCCAGUGUACAGCAUCUAUCUAGGAUUUAAUCCAGCUGUCGUUGUCCGAGGACUUAAAGACCUUAAAGAAGUUCUUGUAACUAGGGGUGUUGAGUUUGCAGACAGGCCUCAGAACAGGAUUUCAGACGUCAUCUCAGGGAGAAAAGGACUGGUUGUUGCCCCAUAUGGACGGAGCUGGAAGGAGCACAGACGCUUUACCCUAUCUACACUAAGAAACUUUGGUUUAGGCAAAAAGUCUAUGGAGGAAAGAAUUUAUGAGGAGAGUGUACACAUAAUUGAAGAACUGAAGAAAAAUAAAAACUCUUUGUAUGAUCCACACUAUGUGCUUGAAAAUGCUGUGUCUAACAUAAUUUGUUCAAUUGUGUUUGGGAGACGCUAUGAUUAUGAUGACUCAACAUUCCAAGAUAUUCUUAAUCUUGUGUGUGAACACAUGAAGAUGGCAACUCAAUUCUGGGCUCAGCUCUACAAUGCAUUUGGAUUCGUCAGACAUCUUCCCUUACCGCAUCAGAAGAUUUUCAAAAAUGUAAAAAUAGUUUUUGGAUUUCUCAGGAAGGUUGUAGAAGAGCACAAGAGAACCAGGGUGCCCGAGCAACCCAGAGACUACAUAGACUGCUAUUUAGAUGAAAUGGACAAGGUACAAAGAGAUGAUAACAAGUCAACCUUUGAGGAGGAAACCCUGUUUACAUGUCUAGUAGAUCUUUUUGUGGCUGGCACAGAGACCACAUCUUCCAGCUUAGAUUGGUGUCUUCUUUAUAUGAUGCUGUAUCCAGAUAUUCAAGAAAAAUGUAGGGAAGAAAUAGACAAGAUUCGAGGAACGAGAGACCAUGUUGACUACGAGGACAGAGUGAACAUGCCAUACACACAGGCUGUUUUACAAGAAGUACAACGCUUCGCCUCAGUUGUUCCACUAGGAGUUGCUCACGCAUCUAUAAAAGAUCUACAAUUAAAUGGGUUUACUAUCCCAAAAGGAACAACAAUUAUCACAGAUCUGACUUCAUUGCAUUAUGAUGAGAGUCAAUGGAAGUAUCCAUAUGAUUUUAAUCCUGAGAACUUUCUGGACAAGGACGGAGAGCUUAAAAAAGUAGACUCCUUUCUACCAUUCUCAGCAGGGCCCCGGGGUUGUCUUGGGGAGAAUCUUGCACGUAUGGAAAUAUUUCUAUUUUUCACUAGUCUGCUGACACAUUUUGAAUUCCACCUGCCAGACCCCAAGUCUCCUCCAGACACCACACCAGUUUUUGGAAUUUCUCAGGUUCCUAAGCGGUAUAAGAUGAGGCUGGUGCAACGUGCAUCGAUUCAAUGAUCUGCAGAAAAACAAAAGCAAGGAAUUCAAAUAAAAAUCUUUAUGUGCAUGGACUUUUGCACAACUCAUAGAUAGUAAUUUAUAUAUUUCUAGGACAUAUGUAUCACCAUUUAUCUUGUGCUAUUUGUGGAUGAUUUUGCAC